AUGGCACCACGCUUCCUCAAGAAGCUCAAGACUAGUGUCGAAGACCUGGUCAGCAAGAUGACCCGCGCCCUCAGGGGCAGCAGCAGCGACAGCAUCAGGGCGGAGUCCAUGGCCUCGCCAGCCACUCAAGAGAAGGAUGACGCAAAGGCUCGCGCCAGGUUCCCUUCCACCAUCCCCGCCAGGGAGCGCAUGGCCCUUGACAAUUGA